AUGGCAGCGGCGGCGAGCGCCGAGGAGUGCGCACGCGCACUGACCCCGGCGGGCCCUAGCAACCAGAGCAGUGACAGUAGCAACCGCCGGAAUGGUGAGUACCCUUCGGGCCUUGUAGCCAAUGCGGAGAAGAGAUUGGGAGUGGAAAAGGGUGACCAUAGCGUGCUGAGGGCAAAAGCAACAACAAUCAAAGAAGCCCUAGCCAGAUGGGAAGAGAAAACUGGUCAAAAACCGUCUGAUGCCAAAGAGAUAAAACUUUAUGCCCAGAUUCCCCCUAUAGAGAAGAUGGAUGCAUCAUUGUCCAUGCUUGCUAAUUGCGAGAAGCUGUCCCUGUCUACAAACUGCAUUGAAAAAAUUGCCAACCUGAAUGGCUUAAGUAAUCUCACUAUGUUGCCCUUGGGACGAAACCUGCUCAAGAAUAUAUAUGGUAUAGAAGCAGUAGGGGACACAUUAGAAGAACUGUGGAUCUCUUACAAUUUUAUUGAGAAGUUGAAAGGGAUCCAUGUAAUGAAGAAAUUGAAGAUUCUUUACAUGUCUAAUAACCUGGUAAAAGACUGGGCUGAAUUUGUAAAGCUGGCAGAACUGCCAUGCCUGGAAGACCUGGUAUUUGUAGGCAAUCCCUUGGAAGAGAAACAUUCUGCUGAGAACAACUGGAUUGACGAGGCAACUAAGAGAGUACCCAAACUGAAAAAGUUGGAUGGUACUCCAGUAAUUAAAGAGGAUGAGGAAGAAGAUAACUAACUCCACAUUUUC